AUGGAGUUCACUAAGAAAUAUGUGUUAGUUCCAGAAGAGAUGAUGACAAAGCAUACCAUUUCUGAUAAACAGUUAAGUGAAUUGGAUAAAGCCAUGAUGCAUAUUUUAAACAGUUCAGAUGACGAUCGUGAGAAAUUAGUGCGUUAUUAUGAACUUUUACAAAAGAAAUUGAACUUAAAGGAAUACAAUUCACCCUUUAAACCUCCUAAAGACGACUCACAAAAUUCUUUAGACGAUUCAGCUGAGAUGAAGAAAGUGAAAGAGGAAGAAGAAGAAGCCCCCUCUUCUGUGACAGACGGCGACAAACAGAUGACUGUAACUGAUUAUUCUACUGUUAUCUUAGACAGUGUACCUUUACGAAUGAGAAGAAAAGCACAAAAUGCAUUAGCUAUUUUAAAGCGACAUCCUGAUAUUCUUAAGUGGAAUGAUAAAGGCGAGUUUAUCGACUUUGGAAUUCAGGAGGAGGAAUUCAACUCUCUAACUUCUGAAAGAAUGGAACCUCAACCAAGUACAAGAGAGGUUUGCGACAUAUGUGGUAAAAGUUUUAGUAAAAAGAGUAAUUUAGUUCGUCAUUCGAAAACACAUGAGGGAAAAAUCUUUCACUGUGAAGAAUGUCAGGCUCAGUUUACGAGAGCAGAUAGUUUACGAAGACACAUACAAAAUAUUCAUGUUAAAAAAAAUACCUUUUCAUGUGAAAAAUGCAACGACGUGUUUAGCAGAAAACAUGAUUUAAUGAAACAUAACCGUACUCAACAUGGUACUGUUCAAAGUAUUAAAAGGAAAAGUAAUAACCCCCAUCCAUUAAACAAGCGAAUGAAGCGUCGGCCUUAA